AUGAUUAUUCCAAGAAUAAGCUUUUCCGCUUGCGGGAAUGAAGUUAUAUUGUUUGAUGAUUCCAAGUGCAAUGAAGUUAUAUUGUCUGACGAUUCUGAAUGCAAUGAAACUCUGAAGUUUGAUGAUUCUGAAUGCAAUGAAGUUGCAUUGUCUGAUAAUUCUGAAUGCAAUGAAGCUACAUUGUCUGAUGAUUCUGAAUGCAAUGAAGCUACAUUGCCUGAUGAUUCUGAAUGCAAUGAAGCUACAUUGCCUGAUGAUUCUGAAUGCAAUGAAAUUCUGAAGUUUGAUGAUUCUGAAUGCAAUCUGUAUGCGUUACAAAUGAAAAAUAACCUACCAUUUCUACAUUUUAUUAUACAGAAAUUGCGAAGUUAUAAAAUUAAUCGUAUUGGAAACGACAAGUUUAAUAGUUUUAAUAGAAUAAAAUAA